CGCGGGGCGGAGCGGGAUCCGGGCCUCGGGGGGCGCGCAGGGGCGCCAGGGUCUUUGCUGUAGCCCCCGUCCCCCGCUCCGGGCGCGGCUCCGAUGAGCCCGUUGCCUUCCCGGUGUCCUUUCCUGCCCCCUCGGCCCUGCCAGGCAGACGGCCCAGCCCUGUCACCGAGUGGGGAUUCAGGGUCCGUCGAGGCCCAGCAGCAGUUCCGCCCGCCGGCCUUGGAGCGGCCUGGAAAGGAGCUCUCCCUCCCGCAGCCGGAGACGAUGCCGAAGCUGCAGGGCUUCGAGUUCUGGAGCCGCACCCUGGGGGGGGCCCGCCACGUGGUGGCCCCCAUGGUGGACCAGAGCGAGCUGGCCUGGAGGCUGCUGAGCCGCCGCCACGGGGCCCAGCUCUGCUACACCCCCAUGCUGCACGCCCAGGUCUUCGUCCGCGACGCCAACUACCGCAAGGAGAACCUGUACUGCGAGGUGUGCCCCGAGGACCGGCCCCUCAUCGUGCAGUUCUGUGCCAACGAUCCGGAAGUGUUUGUCCAGGCGGCGCUGCUGGCCCAGGAUCACUGCGACGCCAUCGACCUGAAUCUGGGCUGCCCCCAGAUGAUAGCCAAGAGAGGUCACUAUGGCGCCUUCCUGCAGGAGGAGUGGGACCUGCUCCAGAGAAUGAUUCUGCUGGCCAACGAGAGACUCUCUGUCCCCGUUACUUGCAAAAUCCGCGUCUUCCCCGAGAUCGAGAAGACCGUGCGGUACGCCCAGAUGCUGGAGAGGGCCGGCUGCCAGCUGCUGGCCGUGCACGGGCGCACCAAGGAGCAGAAGGGGCCCCUGCCCGGGCCGGCGUCCUGGGAGCACAUCCGGGCUGUGCGGAAGGCUGUGAACAUCCCAGUGUUUGCCAACGGGAACAUCCAGUGUCUCCAUGAUGUGGAGCAGUGCAUCCAGGCCACGGGGGUGCAAGGGGUCAUGAGUGCAGAGGGCAACCUGCAUAACCCCGCCCUGUUUGAGGGCCGCAGCCCGGCCGUGUGGGAGCUGGCCGAGGAGUACCUGGAGAUUGUGCGGCAGCACCCCUGUCCGCUCUCGUGUGUCCGGGCCCACCUCUUCAAGCUGUGGCACCACCCGCUGCAGGUGCAUCAGCAGCUGCGUGAGGAGCUGGCCAGAGUGAAGACCCUGGAGGGCCUGAGCGCCGUGAGCAGGGAGCUGAAGCUGCGCUGUCAGGAGGACAUGUCCAGGCAGCUGGAGGGGGACCAGCCCACGGGAGGCCUGCCGCUCUCCCACUGGGUCUGCCAGCCCUACGUCCGCCCAGGGCCCAGGGAGGGGAGCAAGGACAGUGGCGGCUGCAGCAAGCGGGCCCUGGAGGGGGAGGAUGGGCGGGGCGCAGACGUCCUGUCCAAGAACAAGCAGAAGAAGCAGCUGAGGAACCCCCAGAAGACCUUUGACCCGUCACUGAAACCAAAAUACGCAAAGUGCGAUCAGUGUGGAAACCCAAAGGGCAACCGCUGCGUGUUUCAUCUGUGCCGGGGCUGCUGCAAGAAGCGAGCAUUCCGGGAGACGGCAGACUGCCCAGGUCACGGAUUACUUUUUAAAACCAAACUGGAGAAGGCUCUGGCCUGGCCGAGGGACCAGCCCAGAUUGCAGGAGCUGCCGCAGCCGGGACCCAGGGACCCGGGGGGCCUCCCCGAAGUCACAGGCAGCGCCCUCGCCUGAGGCCAGCUGGGACUGGCCCCCACCUGGGCUGCCACAGCCUGGACACACCAAGUUAAGGAAAUGCCUUUUACUCAGGGAAUCUCCUGCUACCUAACAUGGAAGGCCGGAAAAUGCUGCAUCGGUGGGCAGGCUCCAGGCCAGGCCUGCUCUGCUCUCACGACUCAUGUCUGCUUUCAAAACUGAACAAUAAA